GAUUCAAGUGGUUUCCGGGGGCCUUCUGGGCUUGAGUGCUAAGCCUCAGAAGUCUAGGCUUUGUUUGGGGAGGGAAAAAUCAAGUUUUCGUUUUCUUUUUUUUUGAGUAGAGGAACAUUUAGAAACUUGGAGGCAGCAGUAGUUAGAAUUCAUACCAAACUGAUAAAUGACAGAAAGGCGUCUUUCAAAAACCAAGCAAGCAGGCUCGUCCCGUAGUCAUGUAUGGGUGUGAGAGUUGGACCAUAAGGAAAGCUGAGUGCCGAAGAAUUGAUGCUUUUGAACUGUGGUGUUGGAGAAGACUCCUGAGAGUCCCUUAGAUUGCAAAGAGAUCCAACCAGUCAAUCCUAAAGGAAAUCAGUCCUGAAUAUUCAUUGGAAGGACUGAGGCUGAAGUUGAAGCUCCCAUAUUUUGGCCACCUGAUGUGAAGAACUGACUCGUUGGAAAAGACCCUGAUGAUGCUUGGAAAGAUUGAAGGCAGGAGGAGAAGGGGAUGACAGAGGAUGAGAUGGUUGGGUGGCAUCACCAACUCAGUGGACAUGAAUUUGAGUGAGCUCUGGGAGUUGGUGAUGGACAGGGAAGCUUUUGGUGUGCUGCAGUCCAUGGGGUCUCAAAGAGUCGGACAGGACUGAGCGACUGAACUGAUCUGUUAUACAGUCAGACUGAAUCUUCAAAUGCUACAUAAUAGUUUUUAUCAAAUAAUGAUAAAGGAAAAUAAAAACAGCUAUAGAUGUUUAAUAAAGGAAAACUUGCAUAUAGAAAAUACCAAAGCAGGUUACGAUAGCAGUGCUUAAGCCAAUUUUGUUUUUAAAAUAUCAUGUACAUAGAGAACAGAUUAACAUUAGUUUUUUUUGAAUAGUGAAACUGUGCUACUGUACUCAGUCGCUUUAGUCAUGUCCAAUUCUUUGCAACCCCGUGGACUGCAGCCCGCCCUACAGGCUCUUCUGUCCAUGGGAUUUCCCAGGCAAAAAUACUGGAGUGGUUGUUAUGCCCUCCUCCAGGGGAUUGUCCUGACCCAGGAAUCAAACCUGCAUCUCUUACAUUGCAGGUGGAUUCUUUACUGCUAAGGCACUAGGAAAGCCCAAAUGGGACAAUAGGUCAUUUUAAAAUAUUUUUCUUUAAAAGAUGUUUUAUUUUCCCACAAUGAACAUGUGUGAUGUUGUAAUUUAAAAGCCAAUGCUCUUUUUUAAAAAAAUAAUUGUGUAUUCCUUCAAUUCUUCAUUUUCUAUCUCCCCGCCACUUCUCCAUCAGUUUUCCUUCAUUAACCCUGUGUUUUUGUCUUUUGUUCAUGUGUUUGCAUUCUUCCUUGUUUUUGUCUUUUUGUUUUUUCCUGAUUAUGAUAGAGGACUAGUCCUAUUCUCUCUUUAGGUAUGUAAAUCAAGGAGUGAAUUCUCAAGAAGACACAUACACAUUACCAGAUACUUGGAUUUUCUCUGCAUUUGUUAGCUCUUAUUAUUCACUGGAGCAAAGACAAUUACCACCCUUUGGGAUGAGGGUAACUUUUCCUUUAUUUUCCAGAUUUCAUGCAGUAUUAAUGUGACCAUGUGAAAAAUUUUAUUCUCAGCCACUGCUACAGGCAGCGUGGAAAAGAAGAAAGAAUGAAGAGGGACAACCAUUGACAUUUGCAGGUAACCACCAGGAUGGGAGUAAAUGGCUUGUGGCAAAUUCUGGAGCCUGUUAAACAACACGUCCACUUGCACAGUCUCAGUGGGAAAACCAUUGCGGUUGAUCUGAGUCUCUGGGUGUGUGAAGCACAGACAGUCAAAAAAAUGAUUGGGACAGUCAUGAAGCCCCACCUCAGAAACCUGUUUUUUCGUAUCUCAUAUUUAAUGCUAAUGGAUGUAAAGCUGGUGUUCGUUAUGGAAGGGGAACCCCCGCACCUGAAAGCUGAUGUCAUUAGUAAGAGGAAUCAGAUCCGGUAUGGACCUUCUGGAAAAACACAGUCUCAGAAAACAGGGAGAUCACAUUUUAAGACAGUCUUAAAGGAGUGUCUUGAUAUGCUGGAAUGCUUAGGAAUUCCCUGGGUCCAAGCUGCUGGUGAAGCUGAAGCCAUGUGUGCCUACCUCAAUGCCAGUGGUUAUGUGGAUGGCUGCCUCACCAAUGAUGGAGACGCUUUCCUUUAUGGGGCCCAGACUGUUUAUAGGAAUUUCACUAUGAACACCAAGGACCCACAUGUUGACUGUUAUGCAAUGUCAUCCAUCACGAGUAAACUAGGUUUGAAUAGAGAUGCUCUGGUUGGGCUGGCAGUACUGCUUGGCUGUGAUUAUCUUCCAAAGGGAGUCCCUGGAGUUGGAAAAGAGCAAGCAUUAAAACUGAUAAAGAUUUUGAAAGGGCAAAGUUUACUUCAGAGGUUUAAUCAGUGGAGUGAAAAGUCUUGUUACUCUAAUUCACAACCAGCACUCGUUAACAAACUGGCUCAUUGCUCUGUGUGCUCCCAUCCAGGUUCAUCUAAGGAUCAUGAACAUAAUGGAUGCAAAUUAUGUCAAACUGAUCGAUACUGUGAACCACAUGAUUAUGAAUACUGUUGUCCUUGUGAAUGGCACCGUACAGAACAUGAGAGGCAACUGAAUGUAGUAGAAUACAAUAUUAAGAAAAAAGCUUGCAGUUGUGAGGGAUUCCCAUUCCAUGAGGUUACUCAAGAAUUCCUUCUGAACAAGGAUAAAUUGGUGAAGGCAGUCAGGUACCAAAGACCUGAUUUAUUAUUGUUUCAGAGAUUUACUCUUGAAAAAAUGGAGUGGCCCAAUCACUAUGCAUGUGAGAAAUUGUUGACACUGUUGACCCACUAUGACAUGACAGAAAGGAAGCUCGGUCGAAGGAACUCUGAUCAGCUGCAGCCAAUUCGAAUCGUUAAAAACCGAAUCAGAAAUGGAGUUCAUUGUUUUGAAAUAGAAUGGGAAAAGCCUGAACAUUAUGCCAUAGAAAAUAAACAUGGAGAAUUGGCUCUACAAACAAUAGAAGAGGAGUCAUUGUUUGAAGCAGCUUAUCCUGAGAUUGUUGCUAUUUACCAAAAACAAAAGUCAGAAAAUAAAGAGAAGAAACAAAAAAGCAUGAAAAUUAAGUCUAAAGGAAACAUUUUGCCAGAAUCAGAUGAGAUGAUGAAUGUUCAAUCACUCAUGACUUUAAAACCCACAUGGGAAAUCUUUCCUAAGCAGAAAUCCAAGUUAAGCUUGGAAAUUUCCCCUGAUUCUACAUCACCCGAGGAAUUUAUUUCCACAUCAUUGAAUGUCUUGCUUUUACCUGAAGAUGCUGCCUGUUUGACUACACAAGAACAGUUAAUAUCUUCUCCAAGACCUUUGGCUAUGCAGCAAAUUAAAGAUAUCACUAAGUCUCUAACUGCAGAAUCUAGUCAACCUAGUACCUCAUCCCAUAAUAUAUCCGCAGUUGCUGAUCUGCACUUGAGCACCAUUGACUGGGAAGGUACUUCUUUUAGUAAUUCUCCGGCCAUCCCCAGGAACACAUUCACUCAUGGUUUAAAAUCGGAACUUGAAACAGCUAUUCCUGACAGUUUUAAAAAUAAUCCAGAGCAGUUGUGUUGUGAAUCAGAACGGCAUACCACCAGUGUUAAUAAACUCCCCUGUUGGGAUCUUCAGAAGACUAAUCCUGAGGAGGACCUCCUUUCUGGCAUUAGUGAUUUACGUCUUCAGGAUUUACCCUUAAAGGAACGAAUACUUAUAAAAUCAUAUCCUCAGAAUACUGUAGAACCAGAUGUUGACCUAAAAACUUUGUCCCUACUUACUGUAAAAGAACAGUGUGUUGCUAAUAAUACUUCUCAUUGUCCAUCACAUCUUUCCAAGGAUCUUCUAGGAAUUCAUUGGCAAAAUGAAUCUAGAAACUGUAAAAUUCCAAAAGGAGGCCAGCUGUUUCAAGAAAAUAAUAAAUCAAAUACAUCUGUACCUUUGUCUGUCAAUAACCCAGGAACGAAGACCUCCAAAGUUAGAACUGGGCCACCAAAUGCUGCUUUAUAUCAUAGUAGAAAAGCUGGCGUUCAAAUCGCUCAGAAAACUGUAAUGAAAAAGAGCGUUUGCCUUGACAGACCUUCCUCUGAUGAAGAAAGUGUCCCAGAGUUUGGGAAAGCUAAAUCCACAACUCAAAAAAUGAAGCAGAGUUCUCAGAAGCAUAGCCCAACCCAGUUCAAGAAAAAUGAUGCCAAGUUGAGUAACCCUAAGGCAUAUAUUAAAGAAACUCAGCAGUGUGUCCAGGCUUAUGAAACAGCUGGGAAUGAAGAAGCCUGUUUCCCAGAUGAGUCUCUGAGUUUUCUACGAUACCAUAAGGAUAAAGAUGACUCUGGUACCUGUUUGGAUAGUCCUCUUCCUUUAAGUCAGAGAUUAAAACUAAGGUUCCAAAACACUUUAAAUUUAAAAUAUUCAGCUAUGACUUAGUAUUCUGGUACUGUUGGCAUUAGCAGAAGCAGAAGGAAGGUAUCUGAUUAAAUGUGUAGUAGAAAAAUUUAAUGUGGUUCUAUAUAUUAUGAGACCCUUGCCAUUUUAAUCAAAACUGUAAUUAAAAUGUUCCCUUAAACUUCUGUUUUAAAGCACUAUCCUCUGUAGUGAAAAUUCCAGAUAAUGUGUAUUUUUAUAACAUACUUUUUCCAUUUAAAAAAAUAUCUUUAUUGAUUAUGCUUUAGUUAUAUCCUUAAAGUGUUAGCAUAGCACUAGACAGAGUAAGUGCUGCACCCAUUUGUUCAUUUUUACUCAUUUCUUCCACAAGCCUCUGAAGCAUUUUUGGAUAUUACAACUUGUUUCCCAGAGGAUAACUCUUUAUCAUUGCCUGCAUUCUCAUGUCUUCUAUUGUGCCUUUCUGGGAGUUAUAUUUACUCUCAAUGUGAAGAUACUUUCAACUGCUCUUCCAGUUUCAGUAAUCUCAUUCUUUUUUGUGAAAUAAAAUUCACAAAAUUUUA